AUGUCUCCAUACCGGAUCAUCUAUGGGAAGUCUUAUCACAUUUCAGUGGAGCUAGAGCAUAGAUUAUACUGGGUAGUUAAGAGCUGCAACACCGAUUUGGAGGAAGCUGGCCUGGAUCAACUCCUUCAAAUUCAAGAACUGAAAGAAAUAUGGUUUGAUGCCUACAACAACUCAGACAUCUACAAGCGAAAAACCAAGCUUGUUCACAAUGCCAACAUCUUGAGGAAGCAGUUCAAGGAGGGCGACAAAGUGUUGAGGUAUCAAGCUCGGUUUAAAUUCAAGAAGGGUAAGUUCAAGACAAGCUGGGAUGGACCCUAUAUUGUUAAAAAGUUCAUAAUUUCGAGAUGA